UUCACUCAGUCUACGACCGUUUGCCACGAGACUUCGAUCUCCAUCGGUCUUUUCCCGUCUUUCUCUGUCUAUCCUUCCUUCUUUUUCCCUCUCGAAGGGCAGAAAGCAACUACCACCACCACCGACACCGUCGCCACCACCACCGCCACCCACAACUACCACCACCACCGUCGCUAGCGUCACCGCCACCGACGACCGGGCAGACCCACGUAGUCUAAACGUGAGACUCGUACGGACGUCGUCGUCGUCGUCCUCGCCGGUAGUCCUCGUACACUGUUUUUCGAGCCAGCUCUUCGGUUCUAUCUCCACUUCGUUAUUCGACACCUAAGUUAUCAGCGACCCAAGGUACGGUGCAUUUUCAUUGCAGCCAUUCGACGUCGGUCCACAGUUUUCAUCCCCGUGUGAUAAAGAACCAGCACCAAGAUGGCAGCUUUCGUGGCGAAGCAGAUGGUUGGUAACAAGCUGAACGCCGUUAAAGGAGCCGUAGGUGGCGAAGGCGGAGACGAAGAUGACAAGGAGAAGGAAGAGGAAGCCGAGAGGGAAAGGCAAGAAGCGAUCAGGGAGGCCGAGGAACGAAGGAAGGAGAAGCACCGUAAAAUGGAAGAGGAGCGAGAGAAGAUGCGACAAGAAAUCAGGGACAAGUAUAACAUAAAGAAGCGAGAAGAGGUACAGGAAAUGACCCAAGAAGAGCCUAACCCUUUGAUGCGCAAGAAGAAGACGCCAGAGGAGUUGGCUGCGGAAGCUGAAGCGGAAGACGAGGACGAGAUUACAAAACUCAAGAACGUGUUAGACACGCAUAUACAAGAGAUCAAAGCGCAAGUACUGGAAGGUAAAUGCGAGCUCCAAUAAGCCUACCCACACCCUUGAAGCGGUCGGUGAACAGGGUGGCAUCAUGUGUCACGCCAGGGCCGUAUCCGCCUCUCAGCCCCUACGACAUCACGAGAAACGGAACCAGCGAGAUCGAACGUUGUCGGAGAAGCGAAGGGAAAGAACGAUACUGGAAACCAUCAGCACCAAUGUCGUCGUCGUCGUCGUGGUCGUCGUCGUGUUGUUUCAACUUAUCAUCGUCUCGAGAUUCGAAUUGGCCAGUAAAGGCGAUAAGAGUGUCAAAGGAAGCGACAAACACUCGAGACACAGCGAGAAACACACUUCUCGAGGAUCGUACUACAACCGAUCCCGUCGAGAAGGCUUUCCUAAGUUACACCGAGGAUGAUCUCGAGGAAGAAGCACGUCGACCAAACGGAAAAGCUAUGAACUUCGAUCGAUAUCGGUGACGAGAGAGAAACUUUCAGGAAAUAUAAAGGUAUCGUCGUUGUAGUCGACGUCGAGGACGAAUGCUUUCAGAAAGACGAAUCCUCGAUGGGGAAGUUAAGAAAUGUUUAAAAAUCGAUGAAAAACCAUCUGACGAAGUGUAAAAACAUCAAGUGAAGGAUUUAAAACGACGCGAUCGACGAAGACUUCUUCGGAACGGAUAAAAGCAGGCAACGUGUACGAGAGAAAUUACGCUCAAAAAUUCCCAGGAGAAACGAGGAGAACGGAGACGAUCUUGAACGAGGACGAUGACUGAACGAGAAGUAAAAAAAGGAAACGUGGGCGAAUUGGAGAACGCGAGAGAGAGUAGAAUCGGCGAGAAUUCGUUUACGCCUUACAGAUUCGAAGGAAGAAGAAAGACGAAGAUGAUAAAGGGAUAAUCAAAAUGGUCGUUCGAUCGGUCUGUCUUUUCGGAUAUCGUGCGAAUUUCGAUGGCGUAAACGCGACGUGAGCAGUCGAAGGGCGCGUGCAUAUAAACAUACCUAUAUAUAUAUAUAUAUAAAUAUAAAUAUAAAUAAAGAAAAAAAGUAUAUAUAUAUAUAUACACGAAUAAGAAACAAGUUUAAACAAAAUGAAAAAAAAAAAAAAGACGUAAAAUUAGUACCUAAGUUUCUAGCGAAUUUUCGAAUAGUGAUGUAACAAAGAACACUCCCGGUAGUAGAGUUAACGUAGUCACUAGUUCGUUCGACGGCUGUUCAAAACAACAAGGAGAUCAGAAAAGGAGGGAGUCAUUUAUUAUGAUGAUUAUUAUUAUUACAGUUAUCGAUUAUUAUUCUGAUAGUUGAAUUAUAACGCGGUCAUUGUUCUUAUGAUUGUUAACCAUUGAACCGUUUAUAUUUAGAGACAAUGUUAAGACAAGGAUCGAGGGCCACGAGAAACUAGAGUCAAGAGACCAACAGUUAACAAUACAAAGACAGAGAAGAAUCGUUAGAGAAUGACUGAAUUAAAUAAAUUAGAAAACAGGGAACUGAGAAAUGUUUGAGCGUAACCGGCGGCCCUUGCUCUCCUCCCUUCCGUCCAAAUUCGAAUUUUUUCGAUCACCUUUGUCGGGCAAUCGCGUAACACCUGAUCGAUUCUUAGAUACGUGUUUAGUUAGAACGCCUUAACGAGAAUAAAAAUAAAAAAGAAUAAAAAAAAAAGAAGAAGAAGAUAUCGACGCGAAGAAUAGCUCGACUGAUAUCCGAGCAGCACUGAUACUUCCCGCGUUUAAAUGUAAAAAUGACAAAAAAUGCCUUUCUUUCAUGUUUAUAUACGGCACGUUUCUAUCGAGUGUUAAUUAAAUACAGUAGGUUAAUCAACGUUAGGCAACAGUGUUCGUGAACGAUUUUGGAGGGGACAGGGCCUAGAGUCGAGACACCGUUCAUUAGCUAAUGGAGUUUCAGGUGUUACCGCCGGGAACGUGUUCGAGCCAAGUUAGUUACCGUUCCAUCGUGUUUGUUCCAGUCGUUGCGAUAAAUAAUACAAUUGAUUAGCGUUCUCAAUGGUGGCAACGACACUGGACGGGAUGGAAAGAGCAAUCGACUGCCGGCAUGUAACGUCAGCCUUAUACAUAUACGAGAUUUACACUUUAUCGACGAAAUCUAUGCGAUUAGAAAUCGUUAGAAAUUUUCAGUGGUCAUAUUUGCCGAAUUUCCUCCUUAAUUUGGCAGAUUGAAAUUAAAAUUAAAAUUAAAAAAAGAUUUGAUCUAACAAAAAAUUACUAAAUUCAAAAAUAAAUUAUCUCGUCGAUAAAGUGUUAAAACAUGCUCCUUAUCCAAAGGGUUAAAGAGACUUAUCAUGAAUCCAUUAUACUGUGAAUAGGUAUAUGUAUAGGGUGGAAAUAAAUGUGCGAUGAAAAUGAAAGGCAAGCAACUUCGCGCGACUAGUUGUUUCUUUUAUUUUUUUCUAUAUACGUGCAAUGAUAUAUAAAAAAAAGUGUACUUUCUUAUGUUCUGAUAGGAAUCUAUUCUUGCAUCUUCUUCUUCUUCUUCUUCUUCUUCGUGACUAUCGAAUCUUCUCGAAUCGAUUCUGACUCUAUAACAACGACUAUCCUCUGAUUUCUUCGCCAACUCGAGAUUCUCCUAAACACGCGCUCUGUCAUACUCGUUCGAAUUCAAAAGAAUAAACAAACUCUCCUGGACAAUACGCCGCAUACUCGAGGAAGGAUCACGCGUUUCUCAAUGUUUCGGAAAUAAUUAGAAAAAAGAACGGAUUCCGUGAUCUUUCAUCGACGAUACGAGUGACGGAUGUUAAGGUCAGGACCGCGUCCCAGUUGGCAAACUAGCAAAAUAUCAGCCUCAAGUCGGAUGGCCUUCUAUCCAAACGGACGCAUGUCAAGCUUUCUGUGUUCGUGGGCUGUAAAAUGCACCCUGUGUUGUUUAAUACGCGAGCACCUGUUAGUCGAUACAGCGUCGACUGUUCUCUGUCGUUUCCAGCCACGUUGCUUCGAAAGGUUCGCGUAACUACCCAAUGAAAAGCCGAGCGAGAAUUCGUGCCUCGAAACGAGUUCAACUUUGUUUCAGCCCUCGAUAAUUCAUCGAUAAUAUAAAAGUGAAUCCUGGGCAAGUUUUAACGAUCGAGCAUAUUUCAGCGAUUUAUUCGGGAACGAACCGGGGAUGAAAAUCACCGGAGCGAUGCCUCGUUAUAGAUGGAUCGUUGAAUUUUUCCAAAGAUCCCGGAACCGAGGGAAAAGUAAGUUUUCGCUGCGGUAAGAGCUUCCGGGAAAAGCUUCCCUCGCGUUUGCGAACUUUGCGGAAAAUCAACGUAACGAGAACCUUCUUACACGUUUCUUGACAGUCGGUCUCUUGUCAACAAACAACCGACAACUUUUCAAACCUCUCGAAAAAUUCCUCCAUUAAGGGAGAAAAAUUUCGAGUAAUUUCUUGCAGUCACGCGAACCUUCACUGUUCAACGUAGACGAACUAUAAAAUAAAAUGUGAAAACUAAAAAAAAAGAAAAAAAAAGUAUGAAAAUAGAAGCAACGAAGAGUAAUAGAUGGAUGUGCUUUUCAUGUGUAAAUCUAUUUGACGUAGUCUCUCUCGUGUCUCAACGUGCAUGCUACCUGCCUCUCUUGUCUAUCGAUAUCGAUGUCGUUGGUUGUAUGUUCUCUACUAUAAGCAAAUAAGGAUCAUCGAAAAUCAUCCGAUCGAUCGUCUAUCAAAUUCGAAUUACACCUGUAUUUUGCUACCUGAGCCGAAAAGCAACCUCUAUGAAAGAAAGUAACCAGAGACUAUAAUCGGACGUAAUCGCGAUGAUUUUCAAUGAUUUCGAAACCCUCGCAUUAUUUCUCUCUGUACGAUCGCGAUCUUUAGAUGGAAACGCUUUCAAAUUACCUAGAAGUACCUUCUUCCCUUCGUCCUCUCUCCCGAAAGCAUUCAGAAAUUGUUUCGCUGAACUUUCCUGUACGAUCUACUCUUAACACACACUUGAAGUCAAUUACUCAAUAAUUAAUCCAAAGAUAUAUCUAUAUUGAUUCUAGACAGAGAAUAAUACACACGUACGUUAAUCUUAUCAAGUUUUUUCGAUAUGCGUGGAAACGGUGUUAAACGGGGAUUAAAGAAGAGGUGUCGAAACAAGUUGAAAGUGAAGGUAAAUCGUUCCUCGAAAGGAUCGUGUUCUUAUCAUUGCGAUUAAAGAAAGGAAAGCAAUUGACGUCAAAUUAUUUCAACAAACAAACGCAUUACGGUUCGAUAAUUAUCGCGAGAAACUUUCCAAAUUUCAAUUAGGAUUUGAAUGAAAUUGAAAAAUGAACUCUGAAUAACCGGAAUAUUUUCUAUCUCUACAAAAUUGAUCCUAAUGAACGGCGAACCGUAAUGUAAUUAAAAUAGACAGUGAUGUACAAUUCGCAAACUGUUUUCCUUAUGCCUUUUUUGCGCUCUCUGUGUCUCUCUUUCUCUUUCUCUUACGCUCUAUUUUUCUCUGACAGCAAUCUUUCUCUCUGUCUAUCGUCUUUGGGAUACCCUUCUUGCUCGAUGUGUGACCCCUUAUUGCUCUAAUAUUCUCUUUCAACUCACGACUACUUAAUCGUCGCGUAAAUGCACUUCAAGACAACAGAAAAAAAAAAUAAAUAAAUAAAUAAAAAUGCGUGAAAUAAAGAAGACGUUGUUACCGCUGAUUAAUGUCGUGUGUCGUUGUUGUUUCUCGAUGUGAUUUCAGCAUGUGAAUGUUGCUCUAACAGUAGCUAAGUAGUUCGACUCUUUGCUCUAUUCUUGUCCCUCGUGUAAUUAUGUAUUGUUACAAGCUCCACACAUGUAACUUUCAAUGGAUUUGAUUAAAGAGCUUUGUGUGCCUUUA